AUCCUGCAUUUGUUUGCUUAGGUGGGCGUCUGAGGAUCCCUGUUAUGUCUGGCCGCGGAAAACAAGGUGGGAAGGUGCGGGCUAAGGCUAAGUCUCGCUCUUCUCGUGCGGGGCUGCAGUUUCCAGUCGGGCGGGUGCACCGGCUGCUGCGUAAGGGAAACUAUGCGGAGCGAGUGGGAGCUGGAGCUCCCGUGUACCUGGCUGCGGUGAUGGAAUAUCUGACCGCCGAGAUUUUAGAGCUGGCUGGCAACGCUGCUCGGGACAACAAGAAAACCCGCAUCAUUCCUCGCCACUUGCAGCUGGCCGUGCGCAACGACGAGGAGCUGAACAAGCUGUUGGGGGGAGUCACUAUCGCGCAGGGUGGGGUCCUGCCCAACAUCCAGGCGGUGCUGCUGCCCAAGAAAACCGAGAGCCACAAAGCCAAGGGCAAGUGAGCGUGGAUGCCAACCCUUCCAAAACCAAAGGCUCUUUUAAGAGCCACCCACAAUUUCAGAAAGAGCUGGGAAUCGCUCCGUUUCCAGGGGAGGUGGGGGCGGCUAGGGAAAAUGUUGUCUACUCUCUCGGUAUCCCAUGUAACACUUUCUGAAACCUUCCCCUGGUCUUGCUCUAAUCAGAUCCCUGAGCCCGACACGGGGCGUGGCAGGGACAAUGCUGCCUGUUCUCCUUUGUUAUCCCCCUCAUAGCACAAAUUUCUGAAACCCUGUCUCCAUCUUGCACUAAUCAGAUCCCAGAGCUGCACACGUGGGUGAGUAGUUGCAACUUCUGUGGUUCCUUUAGUCCUUCCAAAUAAUGAAUUCUACAGUUUUCAGACAGCAACCCGCACACAGGAAUAAAACAUUUAGAACUCCUAAAAGGCAGUGUUUGGGUUCAUUUUGGGUUAAACCUUUUUUUUGCUCUGCUGUGUAGCUUAUUUUCUUUAGAAUCAUAGAUCCCUGUGCUGAGGUGCGUAUAAGCAUCACAGCCUACAGAUUUUGGCCUAAGUGUCUUUUCUAAAACCAUACAGAAAAUUGAUAGUCAAGCUGGGAAAGGAACUAGGUACCUGGAACUCUAGCUGUGUGUGUUAAGCCCUGGACCAAGGCUACCUGGUAAAGGGAAGGUGUAAUUCACAAAAGCUCUUGGUCUCAGCAUUGCAAGAAAUUUGAAUUAAUUUGUCACAAGUUUAGUUAGCAUGUUACUUUUUGUUUUACUGGAUUUUAUGCAUUAUUUUUGUCAGCUUUAGGCAGUGUUAUCUGGGAGGGUGUUUGAUACAUUCAAGAUAAUUGCUAGGGACAAUUCUUUGUAAGGUCAGCAACUUUCUCAAGAAGCUGUUUCCUAUUUUGUUUUCAGACUGAUCAAAUCACCCCUUAACCUUGUCUUUAUUAACCUAAAUAGAUUGAGCUCCCUGGGUCUAUCACUGGGGAGAAAAAUUAUGCUAUUUAUGUAGAAAGUGUGUCUAGUCAUUGUAUGCAGUCUUAAAGAUUUGCAGCCAUGUCUAUGUGGUAAGAAGUUUACUAUUUACUGGGGGGCUAUUUUUGCAGCCACAGCCUCCUGGGCUGUGACUGGGGAGGGAGCAAAGCAGGGGCUGCCUCCCAGGGCUGCUAGUGGGGGUUGAGCUCUGCCCCCUCUGAAGACACAAAUGCUGGAGGUGCAGGUAGCUGGUGACUUUCCCAGUGGGGGGAGCAGACUUCAGCUUCAGGCUCCAUCCAUGUGAUGGCAGGCUCUGGCCCCAGGCUCACCAUCCCCGCCAUGGUCCCUGGGCUCUGCUGCCUCCUUGCCCAUCUCCCCAUCCAGGGCUUAAUUUGUCCCAGGGCUUGCUGGGGUUGAGUAAGGUUUCUGCUGUGAAAAGUGUUAACGAACAUACAAAUACCACUUUUCACAGCGGCAGACUUACUAGCUAGCAAGUCUU